ACAGCUAAGAAGGAAAGAAGAGAGAGAGAGAGAGAGAGAGUUUCAAAGCACUCGCAUCUGCAGCUCUGCAACAGAAACAGCAGUAACAAUCAAUAACAACAACAACUCAUCAAUGGCGGAGCUCGAGAGACCGCAUGUGAUGCCGAAGGUCAUCACCUUCCUCUCGUCUAUGCUGCAGAGAGUGUCGGAAUCCAACGACGUCAGCCGCCGAUUCGAGCCUCAGAAGAUCUCCGUCUUUCAUGGCCUCACCCGGCCGACCAUCUCAAUUCAGAGCUACCUUGAGAGAAUCUUCAAGUACGCAAAUUGUAGCCCUUCUUGCUUCGUCGUCGCUUAUAUUUAUCUUGAUCGCUUCGCUCAGAAGCAACCGUCUUUACCCAUCAAUUCUUUCAACGUUCAUCGAUUGCUCAUCACCAGCGUCAUGGUUGCCGCCAAAUUCAUGGACGAUAUGUAUUACAACAAUGCCUAUUAUGCUAAAGUUGGAGGUAUUAUCACAACAGAGAUGAACUAUCUUGAAGUGGAUUUCCUAUUUGGAUUGAGCUUCCAUUUAAAUGUGACACCCAGCACCUUCCACACCUACUGCUCCUACAUCCAAAGAGAGAUGUACAUUGAAUCUCCCCUAAAGCUCCACUGUUGCUUUAAUGAAGAUGAUCCCACCCAUCAACAACAGCAGCUGGCUGUAUAAGGUUUUAUGAAUUAAUGUUCAUGUUCGAGAUAGCUAGAGAUCCUCUCUCUCUCUCUCUCUCUCUCUCUUGUUUUCCCCUCUAAGGGCUGAAGAUUGAACCCAUGACCUUGUGUAUUGAAUCAACUUUCUUUUGUAGUUUUCUCUUCUUCAAGCUUUCCAUUUGGGUUCCUGGAACUUUCAAUAUACAGACGGGGAAUUCUUCUUUACA